UAUAAAUUCACGGCCUGCCGCAAACAGGCCCUAUAUAACGGGAUUUCUUGCUGUCAGCUCACAACGCAGGAAGUCUGUGACUAACUGAACAUAGCGUUACCACGAGACAUUAUAAAAUGAUGAACGAGACGGAGACAGCAUGCGAGGAACGCUUUGACGAUGAAGCAGCUCUCGCACAAGGYGAAGAAACUAGCGCUGGAAAAGAGGAUUCCAAGCUGCUAGGAAAAAGAAAGCAAAGUUUUACUCCCAGUCAUGGACGAAAGCGUAAAAAUGGCAAGCCACCUUACUCGUACAUAGCUUUGAUAGCGAUGGCAAUUCUCGACACACCAGAUAAACGYCAGACUCUAAGUGGAAUAAUUGAAUUCAUCAAGAGGAAAUUCGACUACUAUGGCAAGGAUUGUCCAGCCAAAGGCUGGCAGAACUCUAUCCGUCACAAUCUUAGUUUGAACGAUUGUUUUGUCAAGACGUGGAGAGAUCCAACCAACCCCUGCAAAGGCCAUCUUUGGACGCUCCACGCCAAUAGUAUCGAUAUGUUUCAAGGUGGAAGCUUCAUGCGACGAAAGAAGCGUUUUAAGACUGAGGAUGAUCCUGAAGAUUCGUAUCACAAUGACAAGAUUCAACGCUGCCUGCAGGAAACGUUGGCUUCGACAUCGAGGGUCAACUAUUCUUCCUCUCCAGACACAUUACCUCGCGAGCGAGAGACUACAGAGAGAUUUGAAGGGUUUCCUACCAUGCGUUUCCCAUUCUCUCUUCCUGUCCCUGGGAAAGAUCCGAAUGGGGUUCCGUUUAGUAUGCCUCCGUUACUUCCCGCUACUGCAGUUAGACCUCAUYCGAUUUUCUCCUUGUCGUCUCCUUCUUCCUACUUAAAGAGGCUUCCAGGUUCUGACUGGCCGAUUCAAGCCCGCCCGCCGCAUUUUCUGUACUCGGAUUUAAGCCGUUCCCCCUGCAUCCAGUGCUUGGGUUGCACCUGUAAAUAUACUUGAACACUAUUACAUGUAUUAGUGCAUGGGAUCGAACUGUAAGUGCUAUAGACUUCUAUAUAUCACACAAUUUGUACUUGUAAAUAACUCAUAUUGACUCAGCAAUCUUUCACUUGUUAUACCGCUGAUUUUAAUGUAUAUAGGUUUGUAUAAAAAGGAAGCUCCAAUUAAGCGACAAAAAAAAACUACGAAAAGUAAACAUCUUGUUUCUUGUUUCUUAGCAAUAAAGUAUUGUACUGAAACAA